GUUAGCCGUUAGCCUGUUUAGCUCUGUAGCCGGACGACCGGAGAAGAAACCGGUGAAACGGAGGAGAAAACCGCGGAGAAGAGGAGGGAAUGAGCCCGGCGGAGGACGGCAGAGGGCCGCGGUGACCGGACAGCGAGUCUGCGGCCGAAUCAACCCGCUUCACGACGACCAUGGUUUCAUUCCCCGCUCGCCCUCGCCGUUAGAGAGACUGUGUGUGUGUGUGUGUGUGUGUGUUUGUCUCUGUGUUUGUGUGUGUGUGUGUGUGUGUGUGAGUGAGUGUGAUCAGGAUGGGGUUCGGUCGGGACCUGAGGAAUUCGCACGAGGGAUUACUGAAGCUGCAGGACUGGGAGUUAAAGCUGCUGGAGACAGUGAAGCGCUUCAUGACUCUGCGCGUGCGGAGCGAUAAGGAGUACGCUGCUCUGCUGCUCAGCAUGACUCAGCAAACAGAGAAACAGGAAGCAGCUGAUUAUGUCAGCACUGUGAGCAAGUCCUGGUCUCAGGUGAUCCGGCAGACCGAGGCUCUGGGUCGAGUCAUGAGGAGUCACGCUGACGACCUGAACUCGGGUCCUCUGCACCGACUCGCCACGCUGAUCCGAGACAAGCAGCAGGUGAAGAAGAGCUACCAGAGUCUCCACCAGCAGCUGGAGAGCCACAACCACAAGGUAACCAGGAGUGACCUGGACAAACUGAAGGCGACGUACCGUCAGCUGAGCCGUGACGCCAACAACGCCAAAGACAAGUACAGAGAGGCGUUGUCCAAAGGCCGGGAGGCAGAACGUGCCCGGGAGCGUUACGACAAAGCCACGGCGAAGCUCCACAACCUUCACAACCAGUACGUGUUGGCGGUGUGCGGCGCUCGAACGCAGCAAGACGAACACCGCCGCCACACGGCGCCCGCGCUGCUCGACGCUCUGCAGAGGAUGCAGGAGGACAUGACGCUCGCCCUUAAGAGUAUCCUAGAGGAGUACUGUGAGAUCAGCAGCCUGCUGACGGAGGAGAUCGUGAAGGUUCAUCAGGAGAUCUCGGCAGCUGUGGAGCAGAUCGACCCGCUGGCAGAGUAUCAGCACUUCAUCGACGCCUACAGGUCUCCGGAGACUCCUGAGGUGAGUGUGGAGUUCGAUUCGUCUCUGUUGGACGAGACAGACAACCUGCCGGCCAAUGAGAUCCUCUGGAACACGCUGACAGCCGACACGCUGCAGGCCAUGUUGUCGUCAGCGACGGAGGAGCUGUCGCUGACUCAGCAGAAUCUGAGGACGAAGGAGGCGUUGGCCGAAGACCUCGGCGCCAAAAUCCAGACGAGUCAGCAGAGCGCAGAGAGGAAGAGCGACUGCGUCCUGCUGCUCAGUCAGAAACUGUCUCUCCUGGAGCUCCAUCAUGCCGUCCAGUCGCUACGCGGCUCUGAGGCCCGCCUCGCCUCCCAGAAGGCCCUGCUGGACGCCAAGAUGGCUGCCGCCGCUGCCUCCCCGCCCCCACCGCCGCCUCCCCCAGCGCUGCCGUACGAGGAUGACGCCCGCUCCAUCGGAUCCACCGAUAAAACGAAGGAGAAGAGUUCUCGGUUCGACACUCUUCGUCACUCUCUGGCUGGAAUGAUUCGAUCUCCUAAAGCCAUGCUAGGCUCCUCCACCUCGCAGUUCUUUGAUGUGAUCCCGACCUCGGAGCGCCCCCUGGCAGAGCAGGAGUGGUACCACGGUGCCAUCCCCCGAACUGAGGCUCAGGAGUUAUUACGGCAACAGGGAGACUUUCUGGUGAGAGAGAGUCACGGUAAACCGGGAGAGUACGUCCUGUCUGUGUUUUCUGACGAGCAGAGACGGCACUUCAUCAUCCAGUACGCCGACAGUCAGUACCGCUUUGAAGGGACGGGCUUCUCCACCAUCCCUCAGCUCAUCGAGCAUCAUUUCUCCAGCAAACAGGUGAUCACCAAGAAGUCUGGAGUCGUGCUGCUCAACCCCGUCAUCAAGGAUAAGAAAUGGAUCCUGAACCACGAGGAUGUGGCGUUGGGCGAGCUGCUGGGAAAGGGUAACUUUGGCGAGGUGUUCAAAGGCACGCUGCAGCGAGACAAAACGCCGGUCGCCGUCAAAACAUGUAAAGAAGAUUUACCCCCAGAGCUGAAGAUCAGGUUCCUGUCUGAGGCCAGGAUCCUGAAGCAGUACGACCACCCCAACAUCGUGAAGCUGAUUGGUGUUUGUACGCAGCGACAGCCCAUCUACAUCGUCAUGGAGCUGGUUCCUGGUGGAGACUUCCUGUCCUUCCUGAGGAAGAAGAAGGACGAGUUGAAGACGAAGCAGCUGGUUCGAUUCUCUGUGGACGCUGCAGCCGGCAUGGCCUACCUGGAGAGCAAGAACUGUAUACACAGGGACCUGGCGGCGAGGAACUGUCUGGUUGGUGAGGGCAGUGUGUUGAAGAUCUCGGACUUCGGGAUGAGUCGUCAGGAGGACGAUGGGAUUUAUUCUUCUUCUGGACUCAAACAGAUCCCCAUCAAGUGGACCGCCCCAGAGGCUCUUAACUACGGUCGUUAUAGCUCUGACAGUGACGUGUGGAGUUACGGCGUGUUGCUAUGGGAGACGUUCAGUCUGGGGGUGUGUCCGUAUCCUGGGAUGACCAAUCAGCAGGCUCGGGAGCAGGUGGAGAAAGGUUAUAGGAUGGCGUGCCCUCAGCGUUGCCCUGAAGACGUGUACCGAGUGAUGCAGCGUUGCUGGCAGUAUAACCCCGAGGACCGGCCCAAGUUCUCCGAGCUGCAGCGUGACCUGGCUGCCAUCAAGAAGAAGUGAUGACAUAAUCACACAACCUCACCAUCAAGUAGUGAUGACACCAUCACAUGACUUCACCGCCAUCAAGAAGUGAUGACAUCAUCACACAACCUCGCCAUCAAGAAGUGAUGACAUCAUCACGACCUUGCCAUUAAGAAGUGAUGACACUAUCACACGACCUCGCCAUCAUGAAGUGAUGACAUCAUCACAACCUCACCAUCAAGUAUCGAUGACAUCAGAAACAGCAGCAGUGUAUUUUGUUUGAAAGUGGGCGUGGUCAGCAGGUGGAGAUGUCAUCAGCGUCUUAAAAGUUAAAACAGUAAAAUUCUGUCGGUGCUGCAGACCGUUAGCAUGUAGCAUUUAGCAGCUAAUGUUUGAACACUACUUACAGGUGGCAGUGACGUUAGCAUGGCGCUAGCUGAUGAAGCUAACAAUGCUAACAGGUUAGUGUGCUGGUGGCGAGGGCGGCGGCAUCCUGAUGUCAUUAUUUUCUUCAUGUGACAAGUGAAACUGCUGUGAUGUCACGGUUGUUUUAAUCAACUAAUGUAAACAACUGGAGUGACAUCACAAGACGGUCAGACACUAAGCCCCGCCCCUGUCCCUCCACCUGUCACUACUGUAACCAUGGCGACAGCUUGAGCACUAAAGACACUAAACUCGUUUCAGUUAUUUAUUAUGUUUUUAUAAUUUUUAUUCUUCAGCUCAACUUUAUAAAAAUAACUACAAAAUGACCUUUAUUUUGAAAAACCAGCUGUCAAUCAUCAGAACGACCACGCCCACUUUGUGUUCUAAGGAAAUGUUUUUGACCAAUCAGUGAUCAGAAAUGACAAAAAAAAUCUUUAUUUAAAUAACAUUUUUAAAUUUAAACAUUUAAUUAUUUACUUUUUUAUUAUUUUAAAACCAAAGUAAAGAAACAAGCUCAAACUGAGCACUUACAUGUUUCCUGGUUGUCAUGGUAACUGAAACAAAAAAAAGUUUAAUAUAAACAUGUAAAAACAUGUAUGUGUAUGAAUGGAGAGUCCUGAUUGGUCAGCCUCACUUCCUGGACUGUGAUGUCAGAGCUCUGCUGUCGCUGUAAAUAAUUCAGAUGUUUUUACAUUUAACACUAAUCGUUUGUUUGUCUUUUAUAUUUGUGACUUUAUAAAAAUGUUAUCGUAGCAUUUAUUAUGAAAAUAAAAUCAUACAAACAAGCCUCACAUGUCACUU